GGGAAUCCGGGGGACCGGAGAGUGCGGUGAUACCCAGAGAUCCCAGGGAUACCCAGAGAUCCCAGGGGAUCUGGAGACAUCCCGGGUGAUUCUGAGGGAUCCCAGGGGAUCCCAGAGGAUACUGAGCGUGCCCUGGGCAGAUCCUGGGGUUGGAUUCCAGAUGGAUCCCCCUGUUUGAAGCUGUUCUCGUUAACGUCUCCAGAUACUGAAAUUCCCGGGAUUCCCAGGAUUUCCCUGAUUGCAGCUCCAGGGCCCUUUUGGGUAAUUGAUCCCUGAUCCACAUUCCCGAGGUGGAUCCCAGAUCCCUCCCCCAGCUCUCACUGGCCCCUGGGCCAAAAUUCAGGGACUGAGGCUCCCAUCCAGAUAUGGGCACGGAUCGAGAUGGGAUUCAUGGAUCCAGGUGGGAUUUGUGGAUCCAGGUGGAAUUUAUGGAUCCAGAUGGGAUUUAUGGAUCCAGGUGGGGUUUAUGGAUCCAGGUGGGGUUUGUGGAUCCAGGUGGGGUUUAUGGAUCCAGGUGGGGUUUGUGGAUCCAGGUGGGGUUUAUGGAUCCAGGUGGAAUUUAUGGGUCCAGGUGGGGUUUGUGGAUCCAGAUGUGGUCAUGGCUGCAGGCACGGUUGAUGCAGAUGUGGACACAGCUGCAGUUUUGGGUGUGGAUCCAGAUGUGGGCAUGGAUCCAGCUGUGGGCGUGGAUCCAGCUGUGGGCAUGGAUCCAGCUGUGGGCGUGGAUCCAGGUGUUGCCAUGGAUGCAGAUGUGGCAGACACAGGUGCAGGUGUGGACCCGGAUGCAGGUGUGGAUCCAGCUGUGGGCGUGGAUCCAGGUGUGGGCAUGGAUGCAGCUGUGGGCGUGGAUCCAGGUGUGGGCGUGGAUCCAGCUGUGGGUGUGGAUCCAGCUGUGGGCGUGGAUCCAGCUGUUGCCAUGGAUGCAGUUGUUGGCAGAUCCAGCUGUGUCAGCAGCUGCAGGCCGGUGGUGCCGGAUGUGGGGACGUGGGAACACGGGGACACGAGGGUGUGGAAUGCUGGGAAAUGGGGACACGGGAAUGCUGGGACACGAGGAAAUGGAAACGCGGGGACAGGAGGACACUGGGACACACGGACACAGGACACACGGACAGGACACACGGACACAGGGACACACGGACAUAUGGACAC